UGUCCUUGGCUUAUUCGAUUGUUCUCUCCCUUGUUCUGAUCACCUUCUUCACUUGCGCAGGGAAAUUACUCUGUUUUGGUUGAAGCCGAAGCAGCUAGAAAGAUGUCUGAGACGACAAGGUCUAAAUGGAACUACUUACCGGCUUUUCUUUCAAGACCUGAGAGACAACUUGAGAAUGACCAAGCAAGCGCAAUCUCAAUCCAGUACUUCUUUCUCCAAUGACAUCGUGCCACGCAUUCUCCCUUUCUUUCAUCAGUCCAUCAAGAAAUAUGGGAAGCUUUGUUUUACAUGGUUUGGGCCAACGCCUGUACUGAACAUCAUGGACUCAGACAUGUUGAAAGAAAUAUUUUCACGGAUCAACGAGUUUGAAAAGCCCCAUCCCAAGGCCAUUGGAGAUCUCUUUAUAUCGGGGCUUCUGGAGAUUGAGGGUGAGAAAUGGGCCAAACAUAGAAAGAUCAUCAACCCGGCUUUUCACUAUGAGAAGUUGAAGAAUGUAGUGACAGCAACGUGUUCAAGUUGUGAGGAGAUGAUUAGGGGAUGGGAGAAGCAAUGUUUGGCUGGUGAAGUGGAUGUGUGGCCUCACCUUCAACAUUUGAGUGGUGAUAUUCUCUAUAGAGCUGCUUUCGGUGGUAACUGCGACCAAGCCAAGAGCAUCUUCCUCCUUCAACAAGAACAAAUGAGCCUCACGUACAAAGUUCUUCAAUUCGUGUUUAUCCCCGGCUGGAGGUCAGUCGAGAUUAAUCUAGCAACAAUUUAUCCCGAGAUCUUUAACUGUUACAAAAGCAUAUAACAAGAAAAAAGAGUAACAGACUUCAGUGACUUCCUCAAUCCUUAUCCAUGAAGUCAGUUUAAACCUUCCACCAUUUUCUUGUGAUUUUGCAAAUCAUGCACCAAUCUUAA